GGGCCGCGCGCGUGUCGUGGCCGCGCGCGCUGAGGAGGCUGAAGGAGGCGCGCGCUCGCGUCACAUUCUUCAGAUGAUCCGUUAAUAAUCACCAGAAACACCGACAGACGAUCAGCGGAGCGGCGACACACGGCAGCGGGAACGAGAAUGCUGACUGAAGAUGGACGUUCCUGAAUACCUGGAUCUGGAUGAGAUUGACUUCACGGAUGAUUUACCUUACUCGUCCAAGAGUAUUCCUGAGCUGUGCCGGAGACACGAUGGAGCGGCCGACGAGAGACAAGUUUUGGUUUCAGCUCCGUCUAUUAACUGGGCUCGCAGCGCGCUGUCCGGCGGAGCGGGAAUCAAACCCACCGGCAUCGCCGACGUCUACAGCAAGUUCCGUCCGGUCAAGCGCGUGUCUCCGCUCAAACACCAGCCGCAGGAGUCUGACCCCGAGACCGAGGCCAAGAGCGCCGAGGCCGGUAAGAGCCGAGGCCUGCCGCUGCUGGGAGAGCUGGAGCACUACGACCUGGACAUGGACGAGAUCCUGGACGUGCCCUACAUCAAGUCCGAGAAGAGGAGCGCGGCCGCGGUGAAAGACAGCCUCCUGUCGCCCGUCAGCUGGCCCGACGUCAGGAAGCCCCGGCCGGAUCAGGACGGGCUCCGGGCCCCGGGUGCUCACGGGUCAGAGCCGGACGCUCUUCUCUCCGACAAAGCCGACGGCGGCCCGAGCGCCUUCCCUCUCCCGCCGAGGCAGGACAAGCCCUGGAGGACGUUUGGAGAAGCGGACGAGGAAAGCAAGAAGACCCAGAACAUCCUGAACAUCGUGAGAGAAGGACAGAUCUCGCUGCUGCCUCACUUCGCGGCGGAGAACCUGGAGCUCAUCCGAGACGAGGACGGGAACAACCUGCUCCAUGUGUCUGCGGCUCAGGGUCACACCGACUGCCUGCAGCACCUCACCUCGCUAAUGGGCGAGGACUGCCUUAACGAACGCAACACACAGCAGCUGACGCCCGCCGGCCUCGCCGUCAGGAAUGGUCAUCUGGAGUGUGUGCGCUGGAUGGUGAGUGAAACCGAAGCCAUCGCCGAGCUCAGCUGUACUCGUGAACAUCCCAGCCUCAUCCACUACGCCGCGAGACACGGACAGGAGCGGGUGCUGCUGUGGCUGCUUCAGUUCAUGCAGGAGCAGGGCAUCUCUCUGGACGAGGCGGAUCAGAACGGGAACACAGCGGUUCAUGUGGCGGCUCAGUUCGGACAUCUCAGCUGUGUUCAGACUCUGGUGGAGUACGGCUCAAACGUGACGGUGCAGAACCAGCAGGGCGAGCGUCCGUCCCAGAGUGCCGAGCGGCAGGGUCACAGCACCUGCUCCAGGUAUCUGGUGGUGGUGGAGACCUGCAUGUCUCUGGCCUCGCAGGUGGUCAAACUGACCAAACAACUGCACGAACAAACGACGGCGCGAGUCGCUCUUCAGAAUCAGCUUCAUCUGCUGCUGCAGACUCACGAGCUGAACGGCAGACCGCCCUCACCCAGCUCUCACGUCGAGUCGUGGCCGGAGAUGAUCUUGUCGGCCGAAGCGGCUCCUGAUAACGGUCAGUGGACGCUGAAGCAGAGACACAUGGACUCGGACGCCGGCCAGCGCAAGCUUCUGGGGGAGGCGGGGCCUGCAGCCGGACCAAUGAGACGGCUGGGGCCAGGCGAGAGGCGGGAACUCAAGCUGGCUCGUCUCAAGCAGAUCAUGCAGCGCUCUCUCAGCGAAUCAGACGCAGAAGAGUCCAAAGCGCCCGGCCCCGAGCGGCCCACGCAGCUGUCCAUCGCGGAGCCCGACGAGAACAAGCACAAGUUCUCCUUAACCCACAGAACUUCCAAACCCGCGGACGCCUGCAACCCGUCUCCGUCGUCUGACCACAGCGACCCGGAAACCAAGAGCGAAGAGCUUCCCGACGGCCAGAAGCUCACCACCAGUCCCAAGAGCGCCCUCAAGUCCCCGUCGUCUCGCAGGAAGACCUCGCAGAACCUCAAGCUGAGGGUGACGUUUGACGAGCCGCCGCGGAAAGACGGACCGGCGCCGGACGCCAAAGCCCCGUCCGGGAAAGACAAGCCGGAGUCCGGCAAACGAGCGUUCGGGACGUUCCGCUCCAUCAUGGAGACCCUGAGCGGGAACCAGAACAGCAACAACAACAACGCUCCGAGCGCCAAGAAGAGCGAGUCCAAGAGCAGAAACAAGACGAGCGCCGUUUAAAGCGGCUCCGAGACCCGUCUCGUUUCUGACGUCAGUGUCUAAACGUUCUCCGACUGGACUCAAAAAAAUGCUUUUCUGGCUCGUUUUCAGCCUAAAUGUCUUCUUAAAUCAAGAAGGAGUGAAAACGUGGUCUUGUUUUCAGAGAAACCGGUUCUUGCUGUUUUCUGGCAGAUGAUUCAGCUUGCUCGAAGCAAACAUUUUAUUCUGAAAACAAGACCUGAAUCCUUCUUUCUUUUAAGAAUUUCGAGACGUUUUGUCUGGAAACAAGACGAAAAAAUCUAAGCUAGAAAAGUGUUUUUUGCAGUGUAUAGAGAUAUUAAAAGUAGUUUUCAAAUGUUGUUAGUUUUUGCUUAAUAAAAGCAGAAAUAUCUGCCAGUGGGGCAAGAAAACUAAUCCAGUUAUUAUCACCCCGCUGAGAGAGGUUUUUCUCCUUUGUAUUAAUUGAAAACGAUGCUCAGUAUAUUUGGACUCGUCGAGUGAAUUCAUCUCCACUCGAGAAUGUUUAGAUAUUUCUGCUGGAAAACGAGAUGAAGGUCUUUAUUUGCUGUGUACAUGAGAACACACUUUCACACAUGUGCCGUUUUGCAAAUACUGUGAUUUCUGUACAGACUCGCUGAUCGAAACCAAGCACGGACGAACGAACGAACGAAUCACGUUCAUCACGAAACGAUUCAGUGCACAGAGCUCUUGAAGAAUCCACCUUCAGUUUUCGUAACUCUAAUACGUUUAUAUGUAACCUGUCUUGUUUUUUGUUAAAGUAUGGGUUUAUAAUUUAACUGUUACGUUUGAACGCAAGAAACGCGGUAUUAUUGGAAUCAUUGUAACGACGUUUGGCCAUUUUUUCAAAUAAAGACGUUUCCAGCUGAGCUCAGUGUUACACGAGGGACGAAAUGUUCAGAAUUAUGAAAAUAGAUGCAAGCCUGAAAAAUCCACUUUUAACCUCGAGCGGAAAGUUUGUGAUCCAUGCCGUUAAAUGUCAAAAAUGAAUCUUGUUUUGUGAACCUCCUUAAACGAGAAGAUUCGCCGCGAAUAAAAUCAUUCUCUUGUUUUCUAGUA